CUAACACUUUUACGUAAGAUCUUGCAAUUUUUAGAAUCAAAAAAAAUGUUUUUUUUUCUGAAAAAUUUUUCAGAUGAACCAUCAUGGCGACCACGUUUUCGUUUUUAUCAUUGGUUAUUAUCACUUCUUGGUGUUAUUGUUUGUAUGGCAAUAAUGCUUAUAUCAUCAUGGUAUAUUGCAUUAAUAAGUUUAGCUAUCGGUGUGAUUGUUUAUAUUUAUAUUUGGUAUGCUGGUGAUAAGAAAGAAUGGGGUGAAGGUUUAAGAGUUUUACCAGUAUCAAU